GUUCCUGCACCUCAAUUUCUCCAUAUAUUUUCCGAUCGAGAGUGCCGGGAAACUAAGGAAGGUGCACGUUAUUAACCUGCGCUGCCGGAUAAAAGGGUGUGCUUGCAUACCGCGGUUCCAUCGGUGCGCCUCGUGGCCGAUGGCCGUGAUUCAUUGCGUGAAAAGCGCAGCGACACGUGUGCCACAGGCACCGAAACAUGGCCCGCUGCACCCGGGCCCCAAGUUUGCGAGAUCCAUUCCGCGUCGUCCGAUCCGUUCGAUGAUCAUCAAGUUCAGUCCCCAAGAGCCAAAAGCGGAAUAUCCCCCAUUGAGCACUCGCAAUUCGCGAAACGUAAAUCCGUACACCCAUGGCUCACGCUAGCGCUCCACCACCCUCGCUACCUUUAGCUGCUGCCACGGAUCCCAACGCUUCUCUUAAAAUACAGUUUAUAAAACCCGUUCACGUCCGCAAAGAUGUCCAGGUCGCCGGAUUUUCUGCUCGUGGCAUUGUUUUAACGGCGGCACCUCGACCAUGCAGAUGGCGCCACGUGGCGUCCGCCCCAUAUUCUUCCACGUUAGAUUGAGGAAACAGAAAACAGGACUGGUUGUGCGCGCACGAAAACAUCUCCCUUAUUUUCUGUAAUUAAAAAACUAAUUAAUUAAUAUUUUAAUUAUUAUUUGAAUAGUUAUUUAGUUUUUAGUGAACUCUGAUUGUAGGAGUUGAUCAAUUUUGCCCUUCUUCCCUCCUUUAUUCAUAACAAAGGCACCUCUCACUCCCUCUCCUUUCUGCUCUGCUGCCGGUUUCGCCCCGCCGGUGCCGGUGGUCGUUGCCUGCUUACGACCGUAUUUCGACCGGGUUCUCGACGGGAAACUGCUUUUCUAUCUUCUUUUCCGAUACUAUACUCUCUCGGUUUUCAUUGCGCUUCUUUGUUCAUUCCCUCCUUAAGAACGGGUGGUGUGAAGCUGUGCUGGCAUGGACGGGGGAGCACAGUACAAUCCUCGGACAGUGGAGGAGGUUUUCAGAGAUUUCAAGGGCCGGAGAGCCGGCAUGAUCAAAGCCCUCACCAUCGAUGUUGAAGAAUUUUACCAGCAGUGCGAUCCUGAGAAGGAGAAUCUUUGUCUGUAUGGGUUCCCUAAUGAGCAGUGGGAAGUUAAUUUACCUGCUGAGGAGGUGCCUCCAGAACUCCCUGAGCCUGCAUUAGGCAUUAAUUUUGCUAGGGAUGGAAUGCAAGAAAAAGACUGGUUGUCUUUAGUAGCUGUCCACAGUGAUGCAUGGUUGCUCUCUGUGGCUUUCUAUUUUGGUGCUAGAUUUGGCUUUGAUAAAGCCGACAGAAAACGUCUGUUCAACAUGAUAAACGACCUCCCAACAAUAUUUGAGGUUGUUACUGGGACUGCGAAGAAACAAGUAAAAGAGAAGUCAUCAGUUUCAAACCAUAGCAGCAACAAAUCCAAGUCAAACUCAAAAGGGCAGAGAGCGUCUGAACCUCAGGGCAGAUUUUCAAAGGGGAUGCAGCCAAAGGAUGAGGAUGAGGGAUUGGAUGAGGAAGAGUACGAGGAGCAUGGGGAUACGUUGUGUGGGGCAUGUGGGGAGAACUAUGCUUCUGACGAGUUCUGGAUCUGCUGUGACAUAUGUGAAAGGUGGUUUCACGGCAAGUGUGUGAAGAUAACCCCUGCCAGGGCUGAGCACAUCAAGCAGUACAAGUGCCCGUCCUGCAGCAACAAGAGAGCUCGGUCUUGAUACCUUUGUGAGGCACCUGUCAAUUAUGUUUCUAUUGUAUUUUUCUCCAGUUGGACUCGACUAACCAUCUAGUCUAGUUUUUUCUCUUGUCUUGUUGCAUAUGUAUUGAAUACUUUGGUUGGUGGAAUCUUGUUAUUUGAAGAUAGAUGUAGCUAGUUUGGUUGGUGGUGC